AUGGCCAUCCAGCCUUGGUUGGAUACAGUACCGCGACUGAGUGCUAUCGGCCCCUUAGGGAUUCAGAUCGUUCAUCACGGAGUCUCUAUAGGUGCCACUUUAAUCAACUUAAAAGGUGUCGAUCCGAAGUUGGAGCCUGCGGAGCUGCCCUCCGGGGUCUCACUCGAGAAGGCUUUGCUAACCUCGGUGCUUACACUACUAAGCUAUCCAACCGCUUGCGUGCCCGGACCGCAAACAAAUGUUAGCUACAUUCUGUUCACUUUUAUAGACGGAGUACCGUCAUAG